UGCACUCAAGACUUGAAGAAUAACGGGUGCAGAACGUGAGCUGAGUGACAGAUAAAGACAUAUAAUCAAAUCUAGAAAAGUUACAGAGAAAGGGAACUCUUAAGAUUCACAAAUAGAGGAAAAGGAAAUUUUUGGAUUGAUUGAAGGUUUACACAAAAUGGCUUGCUUCAGACGCUACUCUGAGGUGAUGUCACUGCCGGACUCUUUCAUCCAGCGCCAGCAGCUGGACGCCAGCAUGGCUGACACCUUCCUGGAGCAUCUGUGUCUGCUGGACAUAGACCAAGAGCCAAUCACAGCGCGCAACACCAGCAUAAUCUGCACUAUCGGCCCUGCAUCCCGUUCCAUCCCCAAACUGCAGGAGAUGGUGAAAGCAGGGAUGAAUAUCGCUCGUCUGAAUUUUUCUCAUGGCUCACGUGAAUACCACGGUGAAACCAUCAAAAACAUCAGAGAGGCGGCUGAGACCAUAACCUCUGAUCCUUUGUAUUAUCGGCCGGUUGCCAUCGCCUUGGAUACGAAGGGUCCAGAGAUCCGCACUGGAUUAGUGAAAGGGAAAGUGGAGGAGGAGGUGGAGCUGGAGAAGGGCAGCAGUGUUCGUGUGGUGACAGCAGAGAGUGACAAAGACAAGACAGAUGGAAAGAUAAUCUGGGUUGAUUACCCCAGUCUUUCCAAAGUCCUCCAGAAGGGAGGAAAGAUCUACAUUGAUGACGGCCUCAUCGCACUCAAAGUCACAGAAAUGGGUCCUGACUGGGUGGACACAGUGGUGGAGGCUGGUGGACUGCUCUGCAGCCGCAAAGGCGUCAACCUCCCCGGCUCGGAACUGAUCGGCAUGCAGGCGGUCAGUGAGCAAGACGAGGCUGACCUGAGGUUUGGGGUGUCUCAGGGUGUGGACAUAGUGUUUGCCAGCUUUAUCCGCUCGGCCCAGGACGUCAAGGAUGUGCGGCGAGUUCUGGGAGCGCAUGGAAAAGACAUUAAAGUCAUCAGCAAAGUGGAGAGCCGACAAGGGGUUCUGAAUUUUGACGAGAUCCUGGCUGAGAGUGACGGUGUAAUGGUUGCCAGGGGUGACCUGGGGAUUGAGAUCCCAGCAGAGAAAGUCUUCGUUGCACAGAAGAUGAUGAUUGGGCGCUGCAACUCUGCUGGCAAACCUGUCAUCUGUGCCACGCAGAUGCUGGAGAGCAUGGUGGCCCACCCAAGGCCAACUAGAGCAGAGGGCAGUGACGUCGCCAACGCUGUGCUGGAUGGAGCCGACUGUGUGAUGCUAUCCGGGGAAACAGCCAAGGGACUGUUUCCUGUAGAGGCCGUCGCAAUGAUGCACUCGAUCUGCAGGGAAGCAGAGGCGGCCAUUUUCCACCACCAGCUAUUCGAGGAGUUGCGCCGCCUCACUCCUCUCUCUUCUGAUCCAACAGAGGUCACAGCUAUAGGAGCUGUGGAGUCCUCCUUCAAAUGCUGUGCUGGAGCCAUCAUAGUCCUCACAACCUCUGGCAGAUCGGCACAUCUCCUGUCCAGGUACCGGCCUCGCUGUCCCAUUGUCGCAGUCACCAGAAGUCCUCAGGUGGCCCGUCAGUCCCAGCUGUUGAGAGGAGUGUUUCCUGCCCUCUUCCACCCUCUGCCUGCUCCUGUCUGGGCCGAUGAUGUCGACAACAGAGUCAACUUUGGCAUGGACAUAGGUAAAGCAAGAGGGUUUUUCAAAACAGGUGACAUGGUGAUUGUGGUGACAGGCUGGAUCCCAGGGUCCGGUCACACUAACAUCAUGAGGGCAGUGAGUGUCCAGUAACAACCUGAAGUGAGCUGAACUCUCUAAAGUCUGAAUGACACACUGACUGUACUGCCUGUAUGACCGUACUGCAGAAACAUCACUGUUACUGUUACUAAACCCGAGUGCCUUAUUUGGAAACUGUGAAUAACAUGUUUUGAAGCGAUGACUCCCUUUAAAUAAAACUUGAAGACAAGA